GCUGGGUGUAGGAGCGGCUCUGCUGCUGUUCAUCCUGUGGCGGCUGAUGGUCCACUUCUCCGGACAGAGCUGCAGAAACAGCCAUGCAGAGAAAACCAGAAGCUCUGAAGCUGCUGUUUCCAAGCCCCUGCACUCCCUCUCUUUCCUCUUCCCUCGCUCUCUCUCUCCUGCUCUACCCGGACCCCCUGCUCUCCCCCUGCUGGGAAACAUGCUGGAUCUGACCCGAGACCACCUGCCUCUUCACCUGACCGCACUGGCCCGGCGCUACGGGAACAUCUACCGCCUCUACUGCGGCAGCACCACCAUGGUGAUUCUGAACAGCAGUGAGUUCAUCCGGGAAGCUCUGGUUAAAAAGUGGUCAGACUUCGCAGGAAGACCCUCUUCAUACACCGGUAAUAAAGUGUCGGGUGGUGGGCAGAACAUCUCUCUGGGUGAUUACAGUGAAGUGUGGAAGGCCAAGCGGCGCGUGGUCCAUAAUGCUUUGCAGCGCUGCACAGCUGAGAGCCUGCAUUCUGUUAUAGAGACGCAAGCGUUACACCUUAAACAGGUGCUUCUGGAUUACAGGGAGAAAGCUGUGGAUCUAUCUGAGGACUUCACCGUGGCGGCCAGCAACGUCAUCACUACACUCGCAUUCGCUAAAUCAUAUGAUAAGAGUUCGGCGGAGCUGCAGAAGCUGCACGGUUGUUUGAAUAAGAUCGUGUCUCUGUGGGGUUCUCUGUGGAUCUCGGUGCUGGACUCCUUCCCUCUGCUCAGGAGGUUGCCAAAUCCUCACUUUUCCCUACUUAUGAAAGAGGUCGCUAGGCGAGAUGAAAUAAUUGUGGGCCUUUUGGAUGAGUUUAAGCAGCGAAGUGGUGCUAAAGACGGUGGAACCCUCACAGCCUCUCUGCUUCAGCACAGCCUCGAAUCAGCAGACAAAACAGCCAAACCAAAAACUCUUCUGACAGACACUCAGCUGCACAUGACUACAAUAGAUCUGCUGAUUGGGGGCACAGAGACCACCGCAGCCUGGCUCUGCUGGACCGUGGCCUUCCUCCUGCACAGGCCGGAGGUUCAGACGGGGGUGUAUGAGGAGCUGUGCAGUGUGUUAAAGGGGCAGUAUCCUCAAUACAGUGACAGGCAUAGGCUCCCCUACCUGUGUGCGGUCAUUAACGAGGUCCUGCGGCUGAGGCCCGUCGCCCCACUCGCUGUUCCACACACAGCCAAACGAGACAGCAGCAUUGCAGGAUACUUUAUCCCUAAGAACACUGUUAUCAUCCCCAACUUAUUUGGAGCUCAUCAUGACCCGGCUGUGUGGAGCGAGCCGUUCACCUUCAGACCAGAGCGCUUUCUGGAAGGUGGUGGGGGGUCUCUGCGGGCACUGAUGCCCUUUGGAGGGGGCGCUCGGCUGUGCCUCGGAGAGUCCGUGGCCAAAAUGGAGCUGUUCCUGUUCACAGCCUACCUGCUGCGGGACUUCCAGUUCCUCCCUGAGGGACCGGAGGAGCUUCCUGACCUCAGGGGCGUGGCCACAGUGGUCCUAAAGGCCAAACCUUACAGGGUCAUAGUGCGUCCAAGAGCACACUAAACAGCAGUAAUGCAUUUAUUCAGUUAAAACAUCCAGCUUUACAUUAAAAUGACGGUACCUACAUAUAUUUUGUAUGUUUUUUCACUAAAUAGCUGAAAUGUUCCUGUUUUGGUUUUAACAUACAGUACUAGUCAAAAGUUUGGACACAUCUUCUUAUUCAAUGUUCUUAUUUUUAUUUUUUCCCCUAUAUUUGUAAAUGAAUACUGAAGUGAUCCAGAUCAUGUGUUAAAAAAAAACAAAAUACCCUGUGAAGCAUUUAGGUGCUCUUUUCUGAUAAGCUGUUAACUUGCGGAUUCUGAGGCUGGUAACUCUGAUGAACUUAUUCUGUACAACAGAGGUAGCUCUGGCUCUUCCUCUCCUGGAACGGAGCUGAUGAGAGCCAGUUUCAUCAUAACAUAUUUGACAGUCUUUUUGACUGCAUUUGAGCAUGUUUCCAAAGUUCUUGUAUUUUUAUUUUUUUUGUAUUUUCAGAUUGACUGACCUUCAUUUCUUAAAGUAUUUUUAUCUUCACUUAGUUGAGUAGUUCUCGACAUAAAAUGUAUUGGAGCAUUUUUCAAAUAGAGCUAUUCACUGUAUACCAACUCUACCUCUUCACAACACAACUACUGAUGCUCUUAAACGCAUUAAGAGGCAAGACAUUCAAGUAAUAAACUCUUGACAAAGUUUAGCACAGCUGUUAACUGAAAGCUUGAAUUCUAUAAAGCUGACUGAGAAAAUCCAGUCAAGAUUUUAAUUUUUUUUUACAUUUUCUUUUACUAAAUACUAAACAAAACAUUUUGUUUACUAGUCUGUAGCACUUACACUUCAUUUUCCACACUUUAAUUUUUUUUUUGUGUCCCACAAAUUAUUGGCUUGGAAAAUAU